AUGGAGUCUGGAGGAGGGGCCCCAACAGCCCCAGCCCUCAUUGCCACCCUGGGGGGGCCAGAUGAUGGGCCCGGCUGCUCCUCCCCGGGGCUGCCCAGCACAGACCCAGGGAAGUUCCAAGCGCUGCCCAUUGGGCCCGGAGCCCACUGUGAGGACCCUGCUCCUGGGAUCCCUGGGGGCCAGGCUUCUGUUGGGGAUAGCUCCCCAGACAUGAGCCCCGAUGGGGAGCAGAGUGGCAAUGCUAAGAUCCCCAACCGGGACAGCGGGAUCGACAGCCCAGCCUGCAGUGUGACCGGGGAGGCCUUCUGCGAGGAGGGCAGUGAGACAGGCCCGGGCCCCACGGUCCCGGGACUGCACUCAGAGACGGCCCCGGGCAGCAAGACCACACGGAAGGAGGCCCACAGUGACGUGGGCAGGAGCCGCAGCGGGGAGCCUGAGCCCGGGAACAGCCCCCCGAUGGGCAACGCGGACCUGGCCAAGAGCUCUAAGCCCCGGGAGCUGCUCCACAUCGCCCAGGAGCUCCUGCACACGGAGGAGACCUACGUGAGGCGGCUGUACCUGCUGGACCAGGUCUUCUGCACCCGGCUGACAGAAGCAGGGAUUCCUCUGGAAGUCACCACAGGCAUCUUCUCUAACAUCUCCUCCAUCUAUCGCUUCCAUGGGCAGUUCCUCCUGCCCGAGCUGCAGACUCGCAUCACAGAGGAGUGGAACAGGAACCCCCGGCUUGGGGACAUCCUGCAGAAGCUGGCCCCGUUCCUCAAGAUGUAUGGAGAGUACGUCAAAAACUUCGACCGGGCGGUGGAGCUGGUGAACGCCUGGACCCAGCGCUCGUCCCUGUUCAGAGACGUGGUCCACGGCAUCCAGAAGCAGGAGGUGUGCGGGAGCCUGACGCUGCAGCACCACAUGCUGGAGCCGGUGCAGAGGGUGCCCCGCUAUGAGCUGCUGCUCAGGGACUAUCUGAAGCGGCUCCCGGCAGACGCGGCCGACCGGAGGGACGCAGAGAAGUCCUUGGAGCUCAUCUCCACUGCUGCCAACCAUUCUAAUGCCGCUAUUCGGAAAAUGGAGAAGAUGCACAGGCUGUUGGAGGUGCACGAGCAGCUGGGCGGGGAGGAGGACAUCGUCAACCCCGCCAACGAGCUCAUCAAGGAGGGCCCCAUCCAGAAGCUGUCGGCCAAGAGUGGUGCCCCUUACCCUGCCACCCUCUCAAAGUUCAACAGCAUGAUCCUUUACUGUGUGCCCAAACUGCGGCUCAUGGGCCAGAAGUUCAGUGUCCGGGAGAAGAUGGACAUCUCAGACCUCCAGGUGCAGGAAACCAGCAAGCCACAUGCAGCCCCCACGUUCAUCAUAACAGGAAGGAAAAGGUCUCUGGAGCUGCAAACCCGGACAGAAGAGGAGAAGGAAGAGUGGGUACAGGUCAUCGAGGCUGUCAUUGAGAAGCACAGGCAGAACAGCCAGACCUUCAAGGCCUUCAGCACCUCCUUCAGCCAGGAUGAGGACCGCUCCCCUACUCCAGACCCAGCCAUGGUGAGUGCCAGCUCUGCAGAGCCUACAGUGGCAGCCGACGGUAGAGGGGACGCUGCAGGGCUCGAGCCCAGGAGAGGGUCCUCUAAGACCAGGCGUGACAAGGAGAAACAGGGCUGCAGGAGCUGCGGUGAGACCUUCAACUCUAUCACCAAGAGGAGGCACCACUGCAAGUUGUGUGGGGCGGUCAUUUGUGGGAAGUGCUCUGAGUUCAAGGCAGAGAGCAGCAGGCAGAGCCGGGUCUGCCGAGAGUGCUUCCUGUCGCAGCCGGUGGUCCCUGCAAGCCCCAGCCCUGAGAAGCCAGUCUCUGGACCCCCGCCCAGCCUGCUCUGUGGCCCUCUUUGGGUAUCAGAUGGUGGCAUGGCCUGGAAUAAGGUACGGGCUGCCAUCCCCACAUCGGACCUUCUGAAACGUGCUGACAGUGGGCCCCGCGCCACCCCGCUCUCUGCCUGCCAGGUGAGUGUGCAGAACCUGGCCGAGAGGCUGGGUGCUGAGCACAUGUGACAGCUGCAGCAGGCCCAGCAGGCCGAGCACCCAUCCACCGAGCUGCAGCAGUGGUGACUGAAAACCCUGAGUGUGGUCAUCCAUGGGGAGCUGGCCCAGGCCAGCCCAGGGGCCCUGAAACCCCAGGCCUUGGAGGACCCAUGAGUUGAGUCUUGGCCAGAUCCCUGGCUCUGUAGCGCCACAGCAGGCAGGGCCUGUGCUCACCUGGGAGGUGGCCGCAGAGGUGAAAUGUACCCUGACUACUGAGAGACGCACAGGCCACAGGCCACUUGGCCCUGGAGGGUCCUUCUGCUUCAAGAGGAGGAAACUGAAGCCCAGAGAGGGUGACCACCUGUCCAGGGUCACCUAGCACAUCUCAGGGAAGAGGCCAGCCUCCACCCUCAGGCCCAGUAGCGUGGCUCAGAGGGGGAACCAAGGUGACUGUCAAGUAAACCCCAUCUGUGGGGGCUCUGGAAGGC